AUGUCUACUCGUCCAAACGGUCAUCGGCUGAGACAUCCCAAUAUCAUGGUGUUUUGUUUAGUUCUGGGUGAAGUUCCUGCCAAAGAGAAACUUUUUGUGGUUGAUAUUACCGAAAAUAUUUCAACCAUUUCGCGUCUUAAGUCUGCCAUCAAGAAUGAGAAGGAGCCUGAUUUGGAUCAUUUCGCCUCCAACACGUUAACAUUGUGGAAAGUUAAUAUUCCCAUAAACAAUGAAGAUAGACUAAAAAUACUUGACGAUGUGUCUUAUGGAAUUCCAGAGGACUUCUAUGAACAACAACCACAGAUUAUUAAUAUCAUCAUACAAGUGCCCACAACUGAUGGUCUUGGUGGUACAAUGCUACCUUAUUCCGCGGAUCAUGAAACUUUUGAGGGUAUAUCUUUUAACGAUCCUGACAUUAGCUAUAGAUCCAAAGUCGUGUUUUCGUUGGUCGAAGAUCUUAUAAAAAAGGUCAUACUUGUGCGAACGCCUCCCUACUCUGGAAAAACGUCAUUAGCCCAACUUAUGGAAUAUUAUUUGACGUUUGGAGAGAUGUGGAAGAGAAUUACCGAUGUAAGUUGGAUUGAAUGGAUAGGACAGUGCCAACAAGUUCCAACAAUUUUAAUAUUGGACGAAGUUCAAUUGAUAUACAAACAAGGGUGUGGAAUUGAUGAAAGUAAGAAAUCGAGUGCUGAUCUAUUUUGGAAAACUGUCAAGGGUUGUCUUCAAGAGAUGACAAACAUUUAUAUUAUUAUGUUCGGAGCGUAUGGAUAUCAUAGUGCCAACUCCGCAGGGCUUUCGACUCCUGUUGAGAUACCACCAUCAAAAUACACUUAUGACGUUUCAAAAUUUAUUGAAUAUAUUCAAAUACCGACAGAGGGGCAUGUUGAUUUGGUUUUUCAUAUAUUGCGAUAUACAAAAGAGGCUAUGGAGCGACGGAUUCGUGAAAACACGUUAACAUGGAAGCUUGAAAAUAUGCGAAAAUAUUUACUUAAAUGGGAUACUCUUUUCGAUCCAUUCGAUGCGAGUGAUCAGCAUUUAGUCAAAUCUGGAAUUCUUGUGGUUGACGAUGGAGCUCUACGUUUUUCGGCGCCUCUAAUUAUGAGAUCAUUUUUUCCAGCAAUAUUAUGGGAGUCACAAUA